GCAGCUCCACUCUGUUCCUACAGGGGGUGCUAAACCUGUAAUCAAGGCCAGCACCGUUUGAAGUUUUCGACUGUCACAAAACUUCCGCUCCUGCUCCUGGUGCAUGCCGGGUAGCCGCUGAUGGUAGCAGUGGUCUGUGUGGAGGAAUGAAGCGGCUCGUCCGCCUGCUGCCCGGUACCGCAGCGCCCUUCACGCCCUCGGCUCCUCCUUGACGUCUACACCAGCGAAGCAGUGGAUUAUUCACAGAAAUGAGGAGAGUUGUGAUUCCGCCCGCAGGCCUGAAUCUCGGACAAUGUUCUGUUUGUCCACUUGGCGGAGCCUUUUGAGCGGAGGACUCCGCCUCCACCCGUCAGCUUGCUCUGCCCUCAUGUAUGCCACUCGCCUUUACAGUAGCCCUGCUGCGGGGGCAGGUGGGGGCAGUGCACGGGGGGCAGUCAAACAGGGACGACGCUCAUUGACAAUGAUGGAGGCUCCCUCCCUCACCCCCCUCACUCACCCUCAACACUCGGCUCCACCCACGUCUGCCUACCAUCUGUACCAGGGCCGUCCGUUUGACGCUCAACGCGGGGCCCAUUUCCACUACCACGGCCCCCUGGCCCCGCCCCAUUUACCCCCCCACUACCAGCACCAAGUCCACUUUCACUCUUAUGGGGGGGGGGCUGCUGCCGGAGUGUCGGUGGCCACGGCCGGUAAGAAGAAGGCGUGGAACUUCAUCCAUGAGAAGAUGAGCUACGACACCUUCUUCACCAUGAAGCGCCUGAUCGAGCGCUCGAGGAAACCUGACGAGGUUCUGCGUUGGGUCACUCAGAACCCGGCAAAGAUCUCCUACAACCACUACCCCGUGGCCCUGCAGAAGAUCGGUCAGCUGCUGCAGGCCUCGCCCUCCCUACGCCCCGAAAGAGAGGAGGCGGAGGCAGGAGGCAAAGUCAAGGUCGGCGUCGAACAAAACGUCCUGGAGCAUCAGGACUUUCAGACGCUCUGUGACGCCAUCAUCAACAACUGCUCCAAGUUGGACAACUUCAGCAUCGUCAACUGCCUGUACGCCGUGGCCUCACUGGGUCUCUCCAGUGACUCCCAGCUGGUCCAGGUUUUAGAGGCAGAGUGUCAGUCCAGAUUGAACCAGUUUAACCAGAAGGACGUGUCCAUGGUCUUCAGCUCCAGCAUGAAGCUCCACCCUGGGGUCCAGCACCCUCUGACCGAGGCCUGCCUCGCCUGUUUGGAGAAGAACCUGGAGAGAGAGCGCCACCCUCAGACACUCUUCAUGCUGCUGUCCUACUACAGACUCAAGUGGCACUCGCUGCAACACCAGGAAUCCGCCACAGGGGGCAGCGGCACACCUCUGAAUCCAGAACAACUCCUGGCUAACAGGAAAAUCCUGCGGCUGGUCAAACACACAUUAGCCAGCAUCAGCGGUGUCAGAGACCAGGAGAUGGCGCUGUUGGACGAGAUGCUGGCCACCUGCGCUCGAGAGGCCAGUAAUAAGAGCCUGGAACUGAUUUUCAGCUCUCACCUGUUCUACCAGAACCGACAGGAAAAGUUUAUUGGCAGCCUUGCAGAGGAGCUUCCAAAGAAGUCCGACGGCAUCUCUCCGUACACCAUGGCACUCAUCGCUAAAUACAUCGCCCGCCACCGUCUGAGGGAAACGCAGUUGCUGGACACUAUCGCCGAUUUCCUGGUGAAGAAGGCGGAGUUUCUGGACAGCAAGGUGAUCCAGAAGCUGUUCAGCGGGAUGAGCUACCGUCCGUCCAACGAGCAGCAGUUCUUCUCACGGUUGGAGGAGGUUCUGGAGCUGAAGGCUCUCAGCUCCCCCCUGGCCACGGUCAACAUCCUGAUGUCCCUGUUUCAGCUGGGUCACUUUCCGGGCCCGGUUCUGCACCGUGUCUUCUCCUCCACCUUCAUCAGCAACGUCACCAACGGUCCGUACGCCCUGAUUGUCCGACGGUACCUGUCCCUGUUGGACGCUGCGGUUGGACUGGAGAACCAGAACUACACCGGACCGCGGCUGCAGAACAACCACAAGGUGCUGAUGUUUGACCACGCCCUCACGGCCGAUGAGGUCAACCGCAAGUACAGUUACAAAGGUCUGGUGGCUGAAGCGCUGCGUCAGCUGGUGGGGGAGGAGAACUACAAACAGGACCAGGUUCUGGCUCCAGGAUAUUACACAGACUUCCUGCUCUGGCUGGACACUUCUAAUCGGGUUCUUCCCAUCAGGCCCAGUUCCGGGGACGUCGUUCCUUCUCCGGCACCGGCCGACGGAACCGUGGCUGCGUUGACCUCAGAGUUCCGGCACUUCUCCCCGUUUGCAGAGGAUGAACCCAGACGGCCCUGUCCUGUCGCUGAGACCGUGGGGGGGGCCAUAGAACCCCUCCCCUUUUUGCCUCAUCACAUUUGUAGCUCAACAGUACCGUCUGGAUCGUCUCGGCCCGGUGCCAACGGCGCUCACCUGGAUUACGGUCAGUACUACAUCCCGGCCACGCAGUUCUACCCGGGUUUGGCCAAAGAGCACUCGCUGGAGAGUCAAGACAGCUCCACCCUCAGCAGCCCCCCCUCUGAAGGCCUUGCCCCACCGCCAUCUUCGGGAACCGGGCCCGCCGCGGCACCAGACUCUCUGUUCCAGUUUUCCAUCGGGAAAAUCUUGGGGGACGAAGGACAUUCAGGGGCACAAGAGGUGGGGGGCUCGGACUGCGCUCUCGCAGGAUUUUACGAAACAGUGGCUUGUCCUGAAGGGUCGAGCGUUGACAGAGGUACCGAGUCACCGAAGGCCCAACCCCCGGAACCGCCAGAGCCUGAUCCGGUGCCAUUGGACCAAAGAGCAGUCAGGAAGGUCGUUGUGUCCGUCAACGACAAGUGGCACUACUGCCACAACUCAGACGUACUGGUCGGGUCCCGAGCAAUGAGAGAUCGACACCUGAGGCUGCUGGGAUACAUCGUCCUCCAGCUUCCAUAUCAGGACCUGGAGAAACUUAACGGCAUCGAGGAAGUCAAGUCCUAUCUGCAGGAAAAGCUCAUGGAGGUGACCAUGCUGCGGUGACACCAGGCGUCCAGCAGGGGGCCAGGUCAAGACUGAUGGUUUAUUUUGUUUGGUCAGGGUGGGUGUGGGAUUACUGUGCAUGUGUUGACUGUGGUAGAGGAUGCUGGGAAGUGUGAUGUUACUCUGGUGAUAGUUGCCAAAGGCCAGGGGUCAAAAGUCAAAUUAUUUAUUUGUGUUUGGAAAAAAAUCUGUUUAUUAAACGAAU